GUUUUGGUUUUGUUACGUUUGAAAAUGAAGACGUCGUAGACAAAGUCUGUGAAAUUCAUUUUCACGAAAUCAACAGUAAAAUGGUUGAGUGCAAGAAAGCCCAACCGAAGGAGGUUAUGAUGCCCAACAGUGUAGUUCGGGGCACCAGAGGGGUUGGUCGAGGAACUUACGACCUCGUCUGGCCUUUGGGGGCUUUAACAGAAGUAGGGUUUCCAGCUUAUGGCUAUGGAAGAGGAGGAACUUACGCUGGUUAUCCAGGGUUCGGCUACCCUUUCGCAGGUAUGAAUUUAAAUAUGGAACAAAUCUGUAUUCCGUGCCCUCUGGAUCACGUCACGAUGCAGCUGUGAAGGUCAACAGCUUAGCCUAAUCCUCUCCGCCGUUUUAGCUCCCCAGAUUUUUCUGACUGUAACCUAGCUUACGCUCUUUGGGCAGGUCAACAUUGUUCGAAAUAAUGACGUAAGCGUCUUCGGGUAACGUUCGGUUAUGGUCGGCAUGUCUUCGUUUUGUUUUUCUCAAAUGAUCGCCAAAUUGGGGAGUCCAUUAAGUCCAUCCCAGUGAUAUUUUUGUUGAAAAAGUAAAUCAGGAAAAUUUCGUGUUUUUUUAUUGUUGCAAGAUUUUUUUUUAUGCCCUUGACUUUUGUGCCAAAGUUUUCGCUUGUCAAACCCAUUCAUCCGAGGUUCUUAUAUUGUUACUCAAGCGAACAAUGAUGUUGUUAACCUACUUUAUUAAAUAUUCACGCCGUACAAAAAUUCCAUAACGAACACAUUAUAUUUUGCACAUAUACUAGUCUCAAAGUGUGAUUAGUGAGAUCGCAGGUCCAUAGGACUGGUUAAGUUGCCUGAGCAAAUGUUUCAGAUGAAGUGCACGAAGAGAUUAAUGUUAUAAGUAGUCCUAACUAGGCCUAUUAUAUUAAGCCUAGUUCUCGGAGAGGUCAUCGUAGACUAGGCCUAAACUAUCAGUCUGUGUCUUAUGUCCGAAUUGAGGUGUGUAAUUCUGUAUUUCUUAAAUUUUAAAACAUUUAUGUGGUCUAGGCCUACAUUUCUUGACAGUAUUUUACAAUUACUUCAAAUGAUUAUUUAAAUAGAAUACUUAACUUCGUAUUUUUCCAUUCUCCCGAUUAAUGAACGAUGUGGUAAAGGAAAGUUAAGCU